AUGUCCAACGUCGAAGCAACCGAAGCCAGGCAAAGAGCAUCUGCGCUCCGGCGAGAUCAAGCCCAUGUUCGCGACACGCUCGCUACGAGUGCCCUAUACGUUGUACUGUACCUUCGGUCUGAUCCUCCUUUGCCCAACGACUUCCACUGGACCAUUUACCUUCACACCGGUAAUCCAAGUGGCUACCAGUACCAUGUGGUAGGUAGGAAUGGCAUGUGGGACCCCGAUCAUCAGUUUGUUUCGAAUAUCAUGUCGGGUCUGGGUCUCUGCGUACUGAUUGAGAUUGCCACCAUUCGCCAGGAUGAUACCAUUUACGCGCGUGUUGACCAGAUCUUGAAAAGCUAUGAUGUCACGCUGAAUAUGGUUUCUGGACUCACUUGCCGGACUUGGGUGCUGCGAGUCUUGCACAUGCUUGUUGGUGCAGGAAUAGUGCAUUUCAAUGUUGAGGAACUGGAGAAGGAGUGUUUGGAUUUUGGGAAUUGUUUUAGUGUUGCGGCUUCUUGUGGUGUUCAACCGAGGCCUGUGGUGAAGUCCAUGUUUGCGUGA